AUUAUAAAUGACAAAUGAAAUGUCAUCAUAACAUAUUAUAUACAUACAUACAUAGAUAGGAAAAGUACUGGACAAUUGGUUUAUGAGUUUAAUGCACAAAAGAAGGGAAUUACGAGAACAAAAGGUAUUUUUAUGAGAGGUGGAGAUUAAACUGGGUCAAAUACAAAAGUGGGGUGAUGUGCUCCUCAUUAGACACAUCCCUGUGUCCCAUGGUAGCAAUGGAUUAGAGCCAACAAUACAAAACCAUCAUCUUCUCCAUCUUCUGCUUCUUCGGUGCCACCUGAUGAACCAAACCGCUCUGUUCCCUCAAAGUUCAAACCUUUCUAUGACCUGCAGCAGCUUCCUCUGUGUGGCUCGGCUCUUCGCUGAGCUCAUUACGGUGAAUCUGAGAAAGCAUCUUGUUGCCAAGCAGCUUCAACACAACACACACACCAGGUAACGCCACAGACCCGCUGCAGUAAACGCUCGUUUCUGUGCGCCGGAUCAUUGCUGGCGCCGGUCCAGACGUCCCUGAGGCAGCAAUUAAUGAUCGCACAGAUCAAUUGUGUCCCCUGCUGCAUUUCCUUUGAAGAGCAUGAAGGUUCUGCAGAAAACGAGAGCAUUUUAGUCAUUUGCUACAACAACAAAAAGCCCACGUGUAAAAAUAUUUAUAAUCUAAGUUUGUUUUCUCCAGUAUGUCGAGAACCGUUUGAUUCCCACCCCCUUUUCUACAUGUGUGUUCCUGAGCCCCAAAUAGCUGAUGAAUGAGGAAGUGAUGUUGUUUUUCCUCUCUGCAGGUUUUUACUUUUACGUAAUCAACCCCAAAGUUCCUUGUUUCCUGGUGGUUCCAGGUCUGAAUGCUUUCUCUGUGUCGGACGACACGACGGCCCCUCACGCCUGCUCGCCUUCACCUGUCAUGUUCCUAUGAGCUCACUGCUGUUUCCUCCACAGCGCGUUCUCUGGUACGUCGUGGGCUGCGUAUACUGUACAUCAGUUGGAGCUUGUCUGCAUGUGAGCGAGAGACAGAGAGAGAGAGAGAGAGAGAGAGAGAGAGAAGAACACCACUCUGCCCCGACACACUCCCCAACUGCUACCUACCGCUGCUCUGCCGUUGCCAUGGAUACAGUGCCCUCUCUCACUCCCCCUCGCUCCUCUCCCUUGGUGGGUAUGAAGGGAUGAGGCUGGAGGAGAAAGAAGAGGAGAAAUGGCUCUGACUGUUACCUCUGCGUCAUAUUCAUACCAGUGCAGCUGAGAGCCCCCCCUCCCUUUCCCUUCGUCCUCCUCCACCUCCUCUUCCCUUCCUUCCCUCCUUUCCUCCUUCCUUCUGAACAUCCAAUUUGCACACUGCUAGAUCUUCCCCUCCAUUUGUGCCUCCGAUCUGCAUCUGCUCAUCGCUCUCUCUCUCUCUCUCUCUCUCUCUCUCUCUCUCUCUCCGCUGGCCCAGCUUGGUUUCUUCUGCGUGGCUGACCCAGGCGGACUUUUUCAAGCGAGCGUGGGCACAGAAGCAAAAGCAGGACAAAGAGUUGGCCCGUGCGAGCAGCGUGUGGACUGAGCGCAGUUACAUCGUUCCGAGCAGAGCCCAACAUGUGAGAAGAUGUCUGUUGGAGGUUGUGCUUGUCCCGGCUGUUCGUCAAAGUCAUUCAAGCUGUACUCUCCUAAGGAGCCCCCCAACGGCGGCAGCUUUCCCCCCUUCCACCCAGGCGCUAUGCUGGACAGAGAUGUGGGGCCUACACCCAUGUACCCUCCGUCAUACAUGGAGCCUGGAAUGGGGAGACCCACACCGUACGGGAACCAGACGGACUACAGGAUAUACGAGCUGAACAAACGGCUACAGAACUGGACGGAGGACUGUGACAAUCUGUGGUGGGAUGCCUUCACCACGGAGUUCUUUGAAGAUGACGCCAUGCUCACCAUCACUUUCUGUCUUGAAGAUGGACCCAAACGAUACACCAUUGGCAGGACGUUGAUUCCGCGCUACUUUCGAAGUAUUUUUGAGGGGGGUGCCACUGAGCUGUUUUAUGUUUUGAAGCAUCCAAAAGAGUCCUUCCACAGUAACUUUGUGUCACUCGACUGUGAUCAGUGUACCAUGGUGACCCAGAAUGGCAAACCCAUGUUCACACAGGUUUGUGUGGAGGGCCGUCUGUACCUAGAGUUCAUGUUUGAUGACAUGAUGAGGAUCAAGACAUGGCACUUCAGCAUCAGACAGCACAGAGAGGUUCUACCAAGGAGCAUUUUGGCAAUGCAUGAUCCACAGAUGCUCGAUCAGCUGGCUAAAAAUAUCACCAGAUGUGGACUGUCUAAUUCCACACUCAACUACCUCCGUCUAUGUGUGAUAUUGGAGCCCAUGCAGGAGUUGAUGUCCAGGCAUAAGACCUAUAGCUUAAGCCCAAGAGACUGCCUAAAGACCUGCCUCUUCCAGAAGUGGCAGCGAAUGGUAGCACCUCCAGCUGAGCCAGCCAGACAAGCUCCAAAUAAGCGGCGGAAAAGGAAGGUGUCCGGCGGAAGCACCGUAAGCUCAGGCGGAGGCAGCAAUAACAACAGCAACAGCAAAAAGAAGAGCCCAGCCAACAGCUUUUCACUCUCCAGCCAGGUACCUGACCUGGUUGGAACAAAAACCUGUACAGUGCCGGAGCUUGAGGACCGGAGUUGAGAACCACUACGCUAAAUGUUAAACACACACCCAACCACCCACACACACGCACACACAAACACAAACAAACAUUAAUAUACACACACACACACACACACACACACACACACACACACACACACACACACACACACACACACACACACACACACACAGUCCCUCUCUCUUUCUUUCUUUCUCUCUCCCUCUCUACCAACACACCUACACACACUCACCUACAACACGAAACAUUGAGGUACUGGAGAGGCAGCAUGUCUGGACCAGAGCACCAGAUGCUACAGAAGUGUGUUUUCAUUUUCUAUGUUUUAGACUUGUUUUGAGUUGUUUUUUUUUCAUUCAUUUUUGUAAACAGACAAGCAAGCAAACAAACAAACCCCCAGAAAUUCUUUGCACUGUUUUCCACUGUUAACUCCAAUCUAUUUUUCUUAUGAAUUGACAGUGUAUCUAGUUUUCUUUUCUAUUAUUGCUAAUGUAAGAACUGUAAACAUCUGAAAACUGCAGUGUAUUAAUGUAUAAGUAUUGCUGUUAGAUCAUUCUUAUUGUGAUGGUAAUAACUCUUAUGUACAUCUAUGCUUGAUAUAAAGUCAUCUGUGUCUCACACUGUCAUCAGGUCCAUUGUCAUUGUGCUUCUAAAACACUACGGUGAGAACAAAGCUGGUGUUUUAUUACUGUACUGCAUCUUGUUCGAUGUGAGUCCAAAGCAGCACACUGAAAACCUCUUCCUCCGCUAAGUUUCCAUCGCACACCUGGUCAGGAUCUGUCGUCUUGUCAUUGGAGAACUGUUUGCUUUGUCUGGGAAUUGCUCUCUGGGGGUCCUCUCGUUCCGAGGACGAUAACGGAAAACAAAUUUGCUACUCAGAAUAUUUUAAAAACAAGUUUUAACAGGAUUGUAAAAUAAGAAAAAAAAACUUUUGUAUUAACUUAAGUUUCCCAGAAAUGUUGUAAUCACAAUUAAGAAAGCUGCAGACCAAGGAGCUACAUGUAAAGAUUCUUUAGAUAUUGAUUACACUGCGCUGUUUUAUGAAGAAUCAUUUGUUGGCUUUACUCCUCAUGUUUGUGUCUGUGCUUGUAUAUUUUAGGUAGUACUUUCUGUAAAGGUUAUGCUAUGUAUUCCUCCCUAGAAGUAUGAGAAACAAUCUAAUGUAAAGAGAUGAGAAGCCUCUUUAAAGUUUUUUAAACGUGAUUUUUAAUGGUACAAUCACUGAUAAAAGAAUUUUGCCCUCAUUUUAGCAAACUGUAUUUAUUUUUCUAUGUACUGACAUUCUGUUAAGGUCCAACCCUCCUGUGUAAGACUCAUGGGGAGAUAUGGAGGAGUCUGUGGGGCCUCUGGGUCAGUUAAUGCUAACAGAGGUCAACCCAUCACGUGUUUUUUGACAUUUGGAUCCCAGGUAAUUCUUGCCUGUUUUAUUUCAGUGGUUCGGUAUGUUCACAAUAAAGAGAGAUUUGUUAGCCA